AUGAGACUCGCGUCUGGCUUGACGCUGGCCCUGGCCGGGUCAGCAGCGGCGGCGAACUCAACCUACUACAACCCGAUCCUCCCCGGCUGGCACUCGGACCCAUCCUGCAUCCACGUCGACGGCACCUUCUACUGCGUCACCUCCACCUUCAUCUCCUUCCCCGGCCUCCCCAUCUACGCCUCCAAGGACCUCAUCAACUGGAAGCACGUCAGCCAUGUCUGGAACCGCGAGUCCCAGCUCCCCGGCUACAGCUGGAACACCCGCGACCAGCAAGACGGCAUGUACGCGGCCACCAUCCGCAUCCGCGACGGCACCUUCUACGUCAUCUGCGAGUACCUCGACGUCGAGGGCAAAGAAGCCGGCGUGCUCUUCCGGACCACCGACCCCUUCGACGACGCCUCCUGGAGCGACGCCGUCACCUUCCCCGCCCCCAAGAUCGACCCGGACCUCUUCUGGGACGACGACGGCACAGCCUACGUCGCCACCCAGGGCUGCCAGCUCCAAGAAAUGAACCUCGACACGGGCGAGAUGGGGCCCAUGAUCCCGCUCUGGAACGGCACGGGCGGCGUCUGGCCCGAAGGGCCACACAUCUACAAGCGCCCCGAUGGCUACUACUACCUGAUGAUCGCGGAGGGCGGCACGGCCACCGACCACGCCAUCACCAUCGCGCGGUCGAAAUCCCUCACGGGGCCGUACACCCCCUCCCCCAACAACCCAAUCCUCACCAACCGCGGCACGGACGAGUACUUCCAAACCGUCGGGCACGGCGACCUGUUCCAGGACGCGGCCGGCAACUGGUGGGGCACGGCGCUGGCGACGCGCUCGGGGCCCGCGUACGAGUCGUACCCGAUGGGCCGCGAGACGGUGCUGUUCCCCGUGACGUGGCGCGACGGCGACUGGCCCGUUCUGCAGCCGGUGCGCGGCAGGAUGGAGGGCUGGGCGCUGCCGCCGCAGUCGCGCGACGUGCCGGGCACGGGGCCGUUCAACGCGGAUCCGGAUGUGUAUGAUUUUAAGGAUGCGGCGGAGGAGCUGCCGAGGAAUUUGGUGUACUGGCGCGUGCCGAGGGAGGGGGCGUUCUCUGUUGCCGAGGGUGGAAAGGGGUUGCGGGUGGUGCUGAAUAGGAAUACGCUUGCUGGGCUGCCGGGUGGUUCGGAGCCGGAGGCGAGGGCGGUUUCGUUUAUUGGGCGCCGCCAGACGGAUAGUCUGUUUACGUUCAGCGUGGAUCUAGACUUUGAGCCGGUGGCUGAUGGUCAGGAGGCGGGUGUGACGGCUUUCUUGACGCAGAAUGCGAACCUGCAGUUGGGUGUGGUGCAGGUGGAUGGGCAGCUGAGCUUUAGGUUUAAUGUGUCCGGUGAGGUGAAGGAGAGCGCUGUGCCGAAGGCGUGGGCGGGCGAGAAGGUCCAGCUGGGGAUCAAGAUGGCUGAGCCCACCGAGUACACCUUCUCGGCUUCGCUGGCGUCUGACCCCAAGGAAAAGGUUGAGCUGGGCACGGCCUCGGCCAAGUUGUUGAGUGGUGGUUCGGGAUCGUUCGUCGGGACCUUGGUCGGGGUGUAUGCUACCUGCAAUGGUGCUGGGGAGGGUGUUGACUGCCCCGCUGAUACGCCCAAUGCGUACUUCACGAAGUGGAGAUAUACCGGAGACGGACAGUACAUCACGGAGACCGAGUUGGCUCCUCGUGAAGGCAAGGGCAAGGGAAAGGGCAAAGGCAAGGAGGGAAAGGGGAAAAAGAGGAAUAGCCUGGUUCUGUAA